AUGCCUCUUCCUCCGUGGCCACCGUCGCUAUCUCAAGCACAGUUGGAAGAGUUAACGCUACAGGCAACGACAUAUGCCCUUGCCAACUCUUUACUCUUCCUUCCACCCCACUCGGAAUCUUCCAAGCAUCCAUCUCCCGCACCAGCCAGCGCAGACCACGCGCCAUUUGCUCUUUUCCCUACUCCCUUUCCUCGCCACUUAUUCGAGCAUGCAAUGAAGCUCCAAAGGAUAUACAAUGUUCUUUAUACAAGAAUUGCCUCCGAUGAGGACUUUCUUGAUAGCAUUUUCUCGGCCGACGUAGGCAUGGGCAAGGUAGACAACUUUGUUGGCACAUUGUGGCGUAUAUGGAAGGACGUGAGGACAGAAGGUCUUAUUCAGCCUCUUCAAUUGGGAAUCUUUCGAUCAGACUAUCUGCUACAUGACGAGGGUGGAGGAGAGAUGACUAUCAAGCAAGUCGAAUUCAACACCAUUGCCUCCGCCGCUGGUGCGCUUUCGCAGGCUACCGAUGGUCUACAUAGGUAUCUCCUUGCCUGUACGGAAUACUUUCAUGGCUCGGACAUCCUCAAAGCAUCAAACUUGGCGACGAACGAUACGCUUGUUCAGGUUGUCAAGGGUCUGGUCGUAGCGCACCAGGCAUACCUCCAAUUUGGCGCUGUAGGCUCAUCCCCGGUAUUAGGCGCUUCAUCAAAUGGCACGAAGCGAGUUCCAAGAAUAUUGUUCGUGGUGCAGCCAAACGAACGAAACAUUUUCGACCAGAAACCACUCGAAUACGCACUCUUGAUGCAUCAUGGGAUACACGUUGUCCGACGGAGGUUGGACCAGCUCGCGAGUGCACGUAUAUCCGAGAGGGAUGGGCGGCGGCUGUACGUCAAGGACCAGGAUUCGUGCGACAGAGACGGAGUGGAUGAAGACCAAGAUGAUGGGUGGGAAAUUUCCGUCAUCUACUUUCGUGCUGGGUACACCCCCACCGACUAUCCAACGCCAGCACAUUUCGAGACUCGAAAAUUACUGGAAAGAUCACGUGCAAUCAAGUGCCCACCUAUUGCACUUCAGCUUGCUGGGAGCAAGAAAAUCCAAGCCGUGCUAUCGGAUCCGGGUGUCGUCGAGAGUUUCCUCCUCCGAUCUCCGAAAUUAUGUCGUAACGCAAGAGAGAAGCAGUCGAGCUCCGUAGGGGACCAUGUGUUUACAGUUAGAGAUGUCGAAGAACUCCGCGCGAGCUGGAUGGAGAUGUACUCUCUUGACACACCCAACGCCAUCACACGCACACUCUCACAGCACAUGGAUAUGGUGCUCAAGCCCCAACGCGAGGGAGGUGGAAACAAUGUGUACAAAGCACACAUUCCAUCGUUUUUGGAAGGGCUGGACGAAAAGGAAAGGGAGGCGUGGAUCGCCAUGAGGUUGAUUCGCGCUCCGCCGAGUAUCACCAUGCUCGCCAACUCGAUACGCGUCGAGAAAUGUCCGGAACUGGGCGAGGGCCUUCGUGUGAUUCAAACCCUGCUCCGGGAGUUGUACGACGUAUUGAAGAAACUCAAGGAAGUGGAUUGGGAUCUAAAGAAACAUGGAACUGAAUUCGACGGCCGACGGCAUCACUACAGUUCCCUUGGCCUCGACACUCUUGAUGCUCACUACAGCUCAGAAUCGCUAGAGGAUCUUCAAGAUGUGUUCAGUCGGAGGGUUAAAAUGGUUCAAAACCUUGUCGAGGAUGGCAAGUUGACGGUCACCUCGAAGCUAAUGAACAACAUCGAGGAGAUUCGGCGCGGUUUAGCGAAGACGGCUUUCUUGGAUCAUACGACCCUCUGCUCUUUGCUCAAACUGACCAUUGAAGCAGGCGAGCGCGCGCCUUGGAUUCCGAGGGAAUAA